AAAGUUUUCUCGCGUCGUGACAUCCAUGGGGCUGCGUGUGAUGAUGAUGGCGCUGUGUAGCGCGGUGGUGACGUCGUCGGCGUUUUACACGUCGGCGAGUGCCGUGAAGAACCUGGACCCCAAGUCCUUUGAGAAGGAGGUUGUGGGUGGCAAGGGUGUGUGGUUGGUUGAGUUUUAUGCGCCUUGGUGUGGCCACUGCAAGUCCCUUGCCCCUGAAUGGAAGAAAGCCGCGAAGGCGUUGGAUGGGAUCGUCAACGUUGCUGCUGUUGACUGCGAUCAGCACAAGGAACUUGCUGGGAAGUACGGUGUCAAUGGGUUUCCCACAAUCAAGGUGUUUGGUGAAAACAAGCGCUCGCCCACGGAUUACCAAGGACAGCGCACAGCGCAAGCGAUUGUUGACGCCGGUGUGAAGGAAGCUUCCAAGCUGGCCAAAGCUCGGAUCUCGGGCAAAGCCUCGUCUGACAAACCAUCGUCAGCUGCCCAAGACAAAUCUAAGCCCAAGCCCAAGGCGAAACCGUCGCCUGCGUCGUCGUCUGCUGUGGUCACCCUCAACGAUGACAACUUUGACGACCUCGUGCUGAACAGUGGCGAUGUGUGGCUCGUCGAGUUCUACGCCCCUUGGUGUGGUCACUGCAAGUCGUUGGCCCCGGAAUGGGAGCAAGCUGCAUCCGAGCUCAAGGGCCAAGUCAAGCUCGGUGCGUUGGACGCGACCGCGGCGGAGCGAAAGGCGGGAGAGUACGGCAUCAAGGGUUUCCCCACGAUCAAGUUGUUUGGCCCCACGGCAUCGUCGGCUUCGGAUGCGCAAGACUACCAGGGACCUCGUCAAGCGUCGGGCAUUGUCUCGUACGCGCUGAACCAGCUUGAAAAGCUCGGCGGGGGCUUGAAAGUACCUGAAAUCACGUCCACGGCCGCGUUGCACGACCACUGUGCGGGUAAAUCGAUCUGCGUCGUGGCGCUCUUGCCCCAUAUCAUCGACUCGGGCGCCAAGGGCCGCACAGACUACUUGAGUCAAGUCGAAGGCGCGGCCAAGCUGGUCCGUGGCAAGCCGUUCCGGUUCUCGUGGGUCCAAGGUGGCGACCAAUCCAAACUCGAACACGCGUUCGACCUGUCCUUUGGGUACCCUGCCGUGGUGGCUAUUUCGCUCGACAAGCAGCGGUAUUCAGUCAUGCGCGCCGCGUUCGACAGCAAGUCCAUCGCCACGUUCCUCGAAGGCAUCUUCUCCGGCAAGGAAGCCACGUACCCGUACGACAAGUUGCCGGCCAUCCAAUCCGUCGUGCCAUGGGACGGCAAGGACGCCAAGGUGGAGACGGUGGUCGACGACGACGACGACGACAUCCUCAAGGAACUUGGCCUGGGCGGCAGCGACGAGCUUUAAGAAUUAAAAAAUGUCGUCGGAUUGUGUAACCGUCCCGACCAAAAUGCACCAA